AACGUACAAGUUCCGUUAUGCCAAUUAUUCGUCCCCUGCCGUCCUUCGUGAGUACAAGGAUUACAUCAAUCGUAAUUUAGCAGGAAGAAAGGAAACUGGCAGCCAACGAUCGUGGACUUGUUUUUAGAGAACGCGGAGAAAUUUUGGAAACUGCCUAAAAGGCCUCUUUGCAGUAGGGAACAGUAGGGAAUGUAAGGAAUUGGCAAAUAUAUCCGGAGGAAGAAACAGUAGGGGAUUUGAUAACGCCGAGUAUUAUGCUAGGGAAUUGGCAAGUCCUCGCGCGAUAAGCUGUCAGCACCGCUAGGCGUCUCGUUCUCUCUCGUGUCGUGUCGUGUGUUGCGCGAUUGCUCCAGAACUCCAGAUGGCCGACAGCCGCAAUCAGAUAUCACGGCGCGCUGGUCCGAUUCGCGUGUAUGCACGUACGCCGACGAUCUUUUCUUCGUAUCAGCUAAUGCCACUUGUCGUAAGUAUCGUCACUCGGUAGAUCGGAUCUGCUCGAGUUGUACCGCAGAAUGCAGUAGCCACGGUCGCCGACGACUGCUGCUGCGAGAUACGGAGAUAGUGAGCUAUUACGAGAUAUAUAGACGUCGCUCGCGAACAGACUUUUGGAAGGUUAGGCGCGAGGUUUGCGUAGCCGAGCACGAUACGGAUAGGGAGGACGCGCGAUCCCGAUCUCGACGCUUGGACGAUGGACGGAAAAAUCGACGACGAGAAUCAGCGAGGCGUCAACGACGGGGACUGGGUCUGCCCCGACUCGCAAUGUGCCAACAUAAACUUUGCCAGGCGUAACUCCUGCAAUCGCUGUGGGAAAGAUAGAGGCGAAUGCCCAAAAAAGAAAAAAUUGGGUCAGGAAAUUGGAAAAGCAGCUGCGGAAAAAAGUAGAGGCCUCUUUAGCGCGGACGAUUGGCAAUGCAGCAAGUGCGGUAACGUAAACUGGGCUCGCCGACAACAGUGUAAUAUGUGCAACGCCCCAAAAUUCGGUGAGAUAGAGGAACGUACGGGAUAUGGAGGUGGAUAUAACGAUCGAGGAGUUGUCGAAUACAAGGAGAGGCGAGACGAUGACGACGAGUAUGAUGAGUUUGGACGGCGUAAAAAAAAGCGAAAAUUAGAGAAGAAUUCUGACGACGACUCAAAGGACUCCAAGUAUAACAGCCCGUCACGUAAUAAAUCUAGAGACAAGGAAGAGAGAGUUGAAGUAGACGAAGAGGAGCAAGAAGAAAAUGAGGAAGAGGAAGAUGAGGAGGAGGAGGAAGAGGAAGAUGGUGAUUUAUCUAAAUAUGAUCUUAGCGAAUGGGAUGACUUCGCGCCAGCAAAAAAAAGUACAAAUGGAAGUACUAUAUCUUCGGAAGCGGAACGGUCAAGGUAAAUUAAUAGCGAAACGGAGAUGAUCGGCGCGAUUCAGGCACAUCCAACUAAUGAAAGGCUGUACAGAAGGACAGGUUUGACUUGGGUUUCGGGUAUAAAAUUGAUUAUGAUGAUCAGUUGCAGAGACAGCAUACAGUGUGAUGAAUUUUGCUAAAUAAUGUAUAGUCCCAGAUCCUUAAGACUUAAAGUAUAGCUUGCUUUUAUUGCGAUUAUAGCUCGGUAUAUCGCGUAGAGACAUCGAGUAAAGAGAUUAGCGUCGAUUUUUUUAGCAAAUUCUUAAAAAGCGCAAGCGUUCCUUUCAUUCAACGUAUCGAUUUUUUACAGGCGAACCAGGAGACGAAAGAACGCAACCAGUGUUCGGCAACUAAGAAAUAUACACAACGCAACAAGUUUUUAGUAAUUUAGUAUGCACCUUUGAAUAUAAAGUGGCCGAUAAUGUGUGACUUAUUACAAAGGGAAGUCGAUUAACGAUAAGCUUUACAUUUAUAAUUGAGCUCAUAGUUUCGUUGAUCCUAAAAAAGCGAAAUGUAGGUCUCCUAUUUGCGCGGGUAUAUCGUUGUUCGUAACGAUUGCAAAGUUUAUGAAAAACUUCGGCGCAAGUAGUAUGUUUCGCUAGCGAGAUACGAGAUUAAUAAUUCCAACAUGAAUCUAUAGAAGAAAUUAUACACAGCUCGUUUUACAAGCUAAAUAUGACGUUGUAGAAAAAGAUCUUACUCCUAUGUAAUAGAUGGUGUUAACGCUCUGCGCAAGCCCCGUCGCAGUGUUCUAAGAUUCUUAUUACUUUAUCACAAACGUAACUAUGUCGAUGUAGCCGUGUCACUGCUUCACAUUGCUCAAGUUGCCUGAAGGAACCUAACUUUUCUUCUUUUGUCCCCUCAUCUCUCCCAUUUACAUCAUUCAUCUAUGCAUAACGCUCGGAUUAAGCGGACAAUUGUCAAGUGUAGUAUUAAAGAAUCAUUCCCCAAACAGCAGAUAUGUAUUUUGCAUCUUUUGGAAGAGACCAAAAGGAAAGGAUACAUUCUCUUGCUUUGACUAUCACAGAUUCGAGUAAGUUGAGAAACAGCCUGCUCACUUUGAAAGUAGCGCUUUUUAAAUUAGUCGUGUCCCGCGUCCUUACGGAUACGGAACUUGUCGUGAACUCCGACGGCCAUUCUUGAAUCGCAAAACGAUUAUCGAUCAACUAUCGUACUGACUUCUUGUAAAUAUCUUUAUUUUUCAUUUAUAAUAAAAAUCAUUCAUCAACAA